AUGCCUCGCAGGCAAACCCAGUUGCGCGGCCCUAAGGACCUGUCCUCUAAAAAGCAACAACAGCCCAAGAGAAAGAGCCGCAAGGCCCAGGAUGCCUUUGCUAUCGCCGAGAGUGAACUCCCCUAUAAACCGAAAAUCCGACGGAACCGACUAGGCAACGACGAUGAUUUGAUCAAGCGCAAGCGACACUCCGGCCAGGAUGAUAUGAAUGACGACGACUCCGAUGGUCCCGAUAACAAGCGUCGUCGCACUCGCGACGAAGGCGGCGAACUCGAUGAGAACGCUGGCAGUGACGGCGAAGGUCACCGUUGGAGGAUAGGAGAGGUUGACAGUGACAACGACAGUGAUUUGGACAGUGACGAAGCCAUGGGUUCUAGCGAUGAGGAAAGAUUCGAGGGGUUUACUUUCCGCGGGAGCUCAAAAAACCAAAACCAGCCAAAGAAGAAAACCGCGGAGACGAAGAAGCGCGCCCGUAAGAUUACGUUGUCCGAGGAAACAGAAGAGUCAGAAGAAGAAGAAGAUGAUGAGGAGGAGGAAGACGAGGAUGACCUCGGUGAAGACGCGAUCGAUCUGACGGCUGCCUGGGAUAUGAAUGUGGCCGCGGAGGAAGAGGAAGCCGCGGCGGCAGCCAAGGCAAAGAAGGUUGCCGCAGGAGAAGAAUCGGAUGAAGCCGACUCCGAAAGUGAGGAAAACAGCGAUUCUGAUGAGGAGAGUGAGAUGUCCAUGUUCGACGACGAAAUGAAUGGCGAUGAUGAGCAUGGGCUUUCCAAACUACAGAACUUUGUGAACUCGAUGGAACCCGAAUCUACUAAAAAAUCGACCAAAAGGCAUGGUGGCGGACAGGAACAUGCCAAUCCGACCGAGUUUGGGUUGACGUCUACUAAGAAACUCACCGUUGCCGACCUUUUGCCAUCAAUUACGGAUUCUCGCCUGAAGAACUCGCUGAAGCAUGUGGACUCUACAGCCUCGUCUCAAAAGCCGUCAUCCGGCAUCCCGGGAAAAUUGGAUGCCCCUCUUCCCAAACGCCAACAGGACCGGCUGGACCGCGAAGCGGCAUACGAGAAAAGCAAAGAAACCUUGGAUCGCUGGUUAGACACGGUCAAGGCAAACCGACGAGCUGAACACCUGAUGUUUCCCCUUCCCGACCCCGAGGGACAGCAGGUCCAUCGCAUAGCCCCUGCUCAACCCCGGAACGAUCUCGAGAGCACCAUCCAAAAUAUUCUUGUGGAGAGUGGUCUUGCUGAAAACAACGAGAAAGGUGGCGAGAAACAAGUGCAAGAAUUCGAAGAGCUACAAGCCCGGAAAUUGCCCAUUGAGGAAAUCCGCGCUCGUCGGGCGGAGCUGCGUAAGCGACGUGAUCUGCUGUUCCGAGAAGAGGUGCGGGCAAAGCGCAUCAAGAAGAUCAAAAGUAAAUCCUACCGUCGCGUGCACCGGAAAGAGCGCGAGAAGCUGGAGCAGCAGGAACGGCAGGCUCUCCUUGAGGCUGGGGUCGACAUGGAUGAACAAGAUCAGGAGGCAAACGAUCGCCGGAGAGCCGAGGCUAGAAUGGGCUCGAAGCAUAAAGAAAGCAAAUGGGCCAAGAGUCUGAAGCAGACCGGACGGACGGCGUGGGAUGAGGAUGCCCGACUUGGUGCCGCCGACCUCGCCCAAAAAGAGGAAGAGCUGCGCAAGAGAAUUGAAGGCAAGCGUGUUACUAACGGCGAGGAGGACUAUCUCGGCUCAUCGAGCUCGGAGUCUGAGGGCGACGACGAUCCUUGGGAUGAGGAGGCCGGCGCCGAGAAGGAAAAGCGCAAGAUUCACCAAAAGUUGAAAGAGCUGGAAGGUGAUGAAGAUGCCGAGCUCGAGGCCAAGGCCCCUCAUGCCAACUUGUUCUCCAUGAAAUUCAUGCAGAAUGCCGAGGCCGCCCGCAAAGCUCAGAACGACGCUGAAGUCCGGCAGCUCAAUCGGGAGCUUCACGGAGAGGAGUCCCAGUCUGAAGCUGAGUCUGAAGUUGGUCGGCGUAAGUUUGGCCAGUCAGAAACCGACAAGUCGGCCAAGGGAAAGCAUCAAGAACAUAACCGCAACGAGUUUGAAGAGGCCCCGGAUUCCGAUGACGAAGAGGCCCACAGACAAGGCCCUGAUGAGGACGUCAAAACUGUUCUUGACCGUCCUGACAAGAAGAAACCGGCUCGUUCCGAAACCAAGUCCCGCGGUCGUCCCGCAGGUGGUCUUUCGGAGCAAAAGGAGGAAGACGAUGCGGAAGAAAACCCAUGGCUAGUCCAGACGAAUCGAAACAACCGUCGCACAACGGCGAAUGACUCGCAGCAAACCGUUGACAUCGCGGUGAAUGAUGCCCAACCCAAGAAUUCAGGACCCAAGAGUGCCCCAAAGAAUCAAAAGAAGGCGGUCGCUGCCCCCAAGAACCCGCAGCCGAAUGAAGACAAUGAUAGCGACGAGGAAAGUGUCCCCGUGCUCCUCAAGAACCAUGAUCUCGUGAAGAGAGCAUUCGCCGGGGAUGAAGUUGUACAAGACUUCGAAGACGAGAAAAUGGACACAGUCAAAGAUGAAGGCGACCAGGUGAUUGACAAUACCAUGCCCGGCUGGGGUAGCUGGGCGGGCGAUGGCGUGAGCAAGAAACAGCAAAAGCGCCAGAAGCGUUCGAUCACCACUGUCGAGGGUGUGAAGCCCGAAAACCGAAAGGACGCCAAACUAUCUCGUGUGAUUAUUAACGAGAAACGAGUCCAGAAGAACAAGAAGUACUUGGCAACUCAACUUCCUCACCCCUUCGAGACCCGGGCGCAAUACGAGAGAUCGCUGCGCCUGCCUAUCGGUCCCGAGUGGUCUACCAAGGAGACUUUCCAAGGCGCAACCAAGCCUCGCGUGAUGAUCAAGCAGGGCGUCAUCAAGCCGAUGGAGAAGCCCACGAUAUGA